GGGCUGCUCAAGCUCGCCUCGCCAGAACUCGAACGCCUCAUCAUCCAGUCCAACGGGCUGGUCACCACCACGCCGACGAGCACGCAAUUUCUCUACCCCAAGGUGGCGGCCAGCGAGGAGCAGGAAUUCGCCGAGGGCUUCGUCAAGGCCCUGGAGGACUUACACAAGGAACGCCCGCCGCUGUCGCCCAUCGACAUGGACACUCAAGAGCGCAUCAAGGCGGAGCGCAAGCGACUACGCAACCGCAUCGCUGCCUCCAAGUGUCGGAAGCGCAAGCUGGAGCGCAUCUCGCGCCUCGAGGAGAAAGUGAAGACGCUCAAGAGCCAGAACACGGAGCUGGCGUCCACCGCGAGCCUGCUGCGCGAGCAGGUGGCGCAGCUCAAGCAGAAGGUCCUCAGCCACGUCAACAGCGGCUGUACAAAGAAAGAAUGGCAUAUGCCCACAAUCUCGGCCGUCGAAGAGUGGUACCUCACCAUCUAUCUACACGUUCCCUCUAGCCCUGGUCAUCCUGUCUGCCCACUUCUUGAGGCUUUAAGAGCUGCUUUGGGGUUUGGUUUUAACCAUGUGACUUCACCUGGCACCACCUUCUGGCAGGCAUUUCAGGAGGGGCGCCAGAGUGAGAAGAGGGGUGAUGCUGAGAUGGUGUCUUGA